AUGAACAGCGCUAUGGAUAUCCAGAAUCUUGCGAUAUCGUCUGACCUCGUAGUAGACACUAAGAUCAAAGUUUCUAUCCACGAAGGUUUUACGAUACGCCAUAUAUCCCAGUCAGCCAGCUACUCAGGACAAUAUGUCGCGCGACAAGAAACCAAAGAAUACUGGAAGCCAGUCAAAGACCUUGGGACAGGGGGUUUCGGAAGCGUUACGUUGCAUGAAAGAGUCACUAAGGGCAUGCCGCGGGAAUUACAGGCCAUCAAGGUAAUGGAUAAAGAACGUCUUUCGUCCGUGGGGCUGAAGUACGCCGAUGAAUUGCAAGCAAUUGCAAAAUUCUCCCAGGACAAGUAUGGUGGCUCAUUCGUUAAAUUUAUGGGCUGGUACGAGAGUGAUGAAGAUGUAUACAUCGCCAUGGAGAUCAUCACACAUCAAGUGGCUGAAGGGCUCGACUUUUUACACAAGAAUGGCUAUGUUCACCGCGAUCUCAAGCCGCAAAAUAUUUUUGUUGUCCAGGCGCAACCGGUUUGGCGGGUCAAAAUCGGCGACUUUGGAAUCAGCAGGCGCGUCACUGGAAUCGCUGAUCUUCGCUCCGUAGUGGGCACCAAUGGAUAUCUUGCACCAGAACUACAUUUUGCCAUGAAUUCCGACAAAAAUGAAACCGAGUUACCGUAUACGGAAAAGGUCGACAUGUGGGCGCUCGGUGUGACCGUCCUCUACAUGGCUUUCAAGAAGUAUCCCCUCGGUCAUGAAAAAUUAAAAGAAUAUUUAAAAGGCUCCCCGUUUCCAUUUCCAAGAUCGAGCCCAAACGAACUCAGCAAGGAGUUCUAUACCUUUGUCGAAGCUCUGAUGCACGUUGAAGCUUCUGAAAGGAUAUGCGCGACAACGGCGCUGCAACAUGAAUGGAUGGGACCCCUUCUUGGUCAGGUUACUCGAAUGACUCAUUUGCAGACCGCUGGGAUGAUGACUGGGCUCUCAAAGCAACUGAGAGGUGAUGGGUACACUUUAUUGUCCACCGUUAGCGAACAGGGCUAUGCAUCCUGGGACACUAACAAGCCAACAGCCCCAAAUGUCUCGCCCAAAAGGGCCAGCGAUGUCAACAUGAAGGGCCCCCCUCCCCCACUUCCACCGCGACCAUCACAGGUGAUCUAUUCGCGAUCGAACUCCGCGCCAACUGGAGAAGCAUCAAGUGUCUCCCAGAACAGCUUUAAAGCUCAGAGCGCGAGCAUGCCUUCCAGAAAAGACGUCCCUUUCAGAAAAUCUGUCCCUGCCAGGAAAGAGGUCGAAUCCCAAUCGAGCUUUACAUCAUCUGCCCCUUCAGUCUUUUCUGCCCCGGAACUACCGUCAACUUCAAGCACCCUAAAGUCCGUGAACGAGCAUUCCUUCGAUGGACUCCAGUAUCUCCAUGAUCAAGGAGUUAAGCUGGUGACUAGAAAGGAGUACAACAAGGCGGAGGCAAUGUUCCAUGAAGCGGCUGAGGGCCGCAAGGCGGCACUUGGACUGAACAAUACAGAAACGAUUGAAUCAUUUCAUCGCUUGGGGCAGGUUUACGGCAUGCAGCAGAGGUAUCAUGAAGCACGAGCCGUGGGGGAGCUCGUGGUGAGCGCAAAGCAGACGGUGUUUGGGCCAAAUCACCAGUCUACUCUGGAUUCACAGAGCUGGCUAGAUCUAAUGAUGAUGCUGCAAGCCAAUACUGCAGGUCAUGAUCCCACAGCAAAGUCAGAGCAAGCGGCCUCAAGCAGCUUUGUUGGAUCUUAUUCCUCCACGAGCUCACCGCCAGCAUCUUCAUACCAGGCACGAAGCCUUGAGAAAUCACCUGGGCAAGGGUCAAUCACUUCUCCCCAAUUAAGCCUGAACUCACUUGAUAACAGCGGGACGGCGUUUGAGGAUGGCCAGGGACUUUAUCAGAGAAAAGAAUACAAGCGAGCCAAAGCUCUCUUCACCAUUGCUGUUGUGGAAAGGCAACAGAGAUUCGGCAUGACACAUGAGCAUGGACUAGAAGCUACGUACUGGCUUGGACUUUGCCAGUUUGAGCUAAACCAGCUUGAUGAUGCGGAGGGUUCAUUCAGCCUCGCAAUGCACGGAUAUGAGAAAAUACUUGGUGCGGCUGAUCCACGAACAUUGCUCUCAGAGCACUGGCUAGGGCGUACCCAUUUCUCUCUAGAGAACUAUGAAACAGCAGAGGGUAUCUUCCGCCAUGGCUUCGAAACGGAGGACAGAGUCCAUGGACCACUCUCCCCGAGCACUCUUACUGCCGCAUUUUGGGUUGGAAGAGCGCUUUUCCAGAAGCAAAAAUACGAGGAAGCCAAGACCCUCUUCUCUCGCGCGUCCGACGGUUGGAAGAAAGUUGUUGGAUCAUCUUUUGAAGAAACUCUUAACGUUACCUUCUGGCUAGCUAAAACGCUCUUUGAGAAAGAGGAGUUAAAAGAGGCCGCAGAUCUUGCCCGCCAGAAUUUCAAUUCACAGAAGGCUACCCUUGGUCCUGACCAUGCCAGCACACUAGAAUCGUCCCACCUUCUUGCAAAGAUACUGAACGCUCAAGAGAAGCAGAAGGAUGCCCUUGAGAUUAUUCGACAGACUCUCAACGCACAAAAUGCUACGCUAGGACCAAACCAUGCAAGCACGUUAGAGUCGUCUUAUCUCCUCGCACAAAUUCUUUACGACAAGAAUGAGGACCAAGAGGCGGAAACAAUCAUACGACAAACUUGCAACGCGCAGACAGUUACCCUUGGACCAAAUCAUCCAAGCACAUUACAAUCAUCUAUCCUCCUUUCACAGAUAUUGUAUAUGAAGGAUGACUUCUAUGCAGCCGAGCAAAUGAUGCGCCAGACGAUCAAUGUGCAGAAAGUUACUCUUGGACCGAAUCAUCCGAGCACUUUGGAAUCAUCUCUCACGUUUGCAAAUAUGCUUGCCAUGGCUGGAAACGAUGACGAGGCCGAAGGAAUCAUCCGACAGUCAAUUGAGCAGCUGAGAAUUGCCCACGGGCCGAACUACAGCGGCACCUUAUAUGGAGAGUACCUUCUUGGGAAAUUGCUGCUCGAUAAGAAGCUUUUCAAUCAGGCCGAAGAAACUCUCCGUUCUACCUUUGAUAGAAUGAGCGAUACACUUGGCGAAAUGGAUCACAGAACAUUGCUGACAUCGUAUCUCCUUGGCCUGGCACUCUUGGGACUGGAAAUAUACCCAGAUGCCGAGUGGUUUCUUCGCCAGUCAUUCACAAGGCAGCAAAUUACUCUAGGCGAUCUUGAUGAUGCGACACUAGACACGGCACAGGCGCUAGGAAUUGCGCUUUACGAACUGGAUAACAACGAAGAAGCGGCAAGAAUCCUACGUCAGACAUAUGAAAGACAGCGAGUCACAUAUACGGACCUGGACUCCAAGAUUACGAAGACAUCUCGGUAUCUUGGCAUGGCCCUAUUCAACCUGAAGAACUAUAGUGACGCGGAACCAAUUUUGCGCCGCGCAUACGAAGAGUAUGAGGAGGAUGAAGACUCUUGGAAAUCAUCUCAAUGCUUAGGAAGGCUGCUCUAUGACCAGGGCAAGUAUGGGGAAGCAGAAGAGGUCUUGCAUCAAACGCUGUUCAUGCAAGAUGAAGGCGACGAGCCUGGAGAACAGGAUCUUGCCAGAGCCCGGACAAAGCAAUGGUUAGGUAAUACCUACCUAAAGUUGGAGAGCUAUGGCGAAGCAGAAGAUAUGUUGCAGAAAGCAAUCAAGGACUUCAAAGAGAUACUUGGUCCGACCAACCCUGACACCCUCUUGAGCCUGGAAAAAUAUGCAGAGGCUCUUCAUGCUCAAGAGAAAUACACAUUGGAAGAGCCCGUGCUGAAAGAAGUGUUGGAUGGUAUGGAUCCGUUCGAUCCACGCGCAGACUCCGUGAGCUCGAAAUUGGAGAUGCUGCAGGAAGCAAUACUGCCGUCGCUGCGAGAUCGAAAGUCAAAAAGCAGGGUGGACUUUUCAUCCUCAAGUCCCUACCGCGCGUCACAGCAGAAUUUCGGGGCGGGCUAUUCUCCUCCUUAUGGCGAGUCGGACUACUCUCUUCCAUGGGGUACAGAGUCGCGAACACACAUGAAGAAGCCGAGUCUAUGGAAGAGGCUCAAGAACCUAUGA